AGGACGCGCGGUGCGCGCGCCGUGAGGCGGGGUGACCGUCACUGGGCUCGCGGCGAAGGGCACGCGCUGCCGCUAUGGACUCGAGCGGCGGCCGUCGCUGAAGGAGAAGGGAGGCCGAGUCAGGCGUCGAGUGUGUCCGUCCCCAGCCAUGAUUUCCAAUCAGCAGAGCGGCGGCGGUAGCCGGCCGCGGGCCACGAACGUCGGCUCGAUUCUCCUCACCGGGCAGGAGAACGAGUGCCUCUUCAACUGCCUGGGCAGGAAGUGCCUGACUCUCUCAUCAGCUGUUGUUCAAGUAUUUGCAGCAGAGCGGAGUUCUCACUGGACAAAAAAAUGCUGUGGAGUUGCCUGCCUUAUCAAAGACAACCCACAAAGGUCUUACUUUAUUCGGAUAUAUGAUAUAAAGGAUGGUAGACUAAUGUGGGAACAAGAAAUUUACAACAAUUUUGUGUACAAUCAACCUCGAUCAUACUUUCAUACAUUUAUUGGUGAUACAAGCCAAAUUGGACUUAAUUUUGCAAAUGAAGAAGAGGCAAGAAGAUUUAGAUAUGCAGUAAAUGACAUAAUUGGAAGACGACAAAGGAGAACUGAGAAAAGACGAGAUCCACCACCCUUAAAUGGGCCUUCUCUUCCUAUGGCUACAGUUGACAUUAAGAAUCCAGAAAUUACCAAUGUUCGAUAUAAUGCACAAGUUAACAAUUUUGUAUAUGCCAAAGAUAAGAAGAAAGCAAAAGGUAAAAAGAAGAAAUUGACUAAGGCGGACAUUGGCACACCAAGUAACUUCCAGCAUAUAGGACAUGUUGGCUGGGACCCAAACACAGGUUUUGAUCUGAAUAAUCUGGAUCCAGAAUUAAAACAUCUGUUUGACAUGUGUGGUAUUUCUGAGUCACAGCUGAAGGACAAAGAAACAUCAAAAAUUAUAUAUGAUUUUAUUGAGAAAAAGGGAGGAGUUGAAGCUGUGAAAAAUGAGCUGCGUCGACAGGCCCCACCACCGCCGCCUCCUUCCAGAGGGGGGCCACCACCACCCCCUCCUCCACAUAGUUCAGGACCCCCUCCACCACCACCAGUUCGUGGCAGAGGUGCACCACCUCCUCCACCCCCUUCAAGAGCCCCAUCGGUUGCUCCAUCUGCAGCUCCCCCACCUCCUCCACCUUCGAGGCCAGGGGUAGGAGCACCACCACCACCACCACCACCUCCCAGUAGAUUAUAUCCACCACCUCCACCAGUACCAUCAGGUCCCCCACCACCACCACCUCCACCGCAUCCUGCACCUGGAGGUCCAGGAGCUUCUGGUCCACCACCACCACCUCCACCGCCGCCUCCACCACCUGGCCCCCCUCCACUCCCUGCAAUGCUCGAGAGUGAUGUUGGUCCUUCAUCUACUGGAAGCAAGUCUGCUCUUCUGGAUCAAAUCAGAGAAGGCACUCAGUUAAAGAAAGUUGAGCAGAGCAAUCGACCAGUGUCUUGCUCGGGCAGAGAUGCACUGUUAGACCAAAUACGACAGGGUAUACAACUCAAGACUGUAAAUGACCAGGAUUCUUCUUCUCCUUCAACGCCUACAGCAGGGAUUGUAGGAGCGUUGAUGGAGGUGAUGCAGAAAAGGAGUAAAGCCAUUCACUCUUCAGAUGAAGAUGAGGAUGAAGAUGAAGAGGAAGAUUUUGAUGAUGAUGAUGAAUGGGAAGAUUAGUUUUUCCUAGCAAGACUAUAAUCCUUCCUGUCUUUCUGAUUUCCUGUAAAAUUGUCCUGUAAAUGUUUUGCAGAUUUUGCUGUAUAUUUUUGUUGCCUUUUGCUCUUUUUCAUAAUCUGUGCAAUACCUCAUUUAAUAAUUCAUUUGAUAAAGUAUUGUGGUAAAGCUACACCCUAUGCAAGAUGGUGUUGGGACAUGUAAGGAACUACAUAUAUAUGUGUUCAUUCCAGCAACAAAAGAAAUUGGGUGAUGGAAUACAGUUGAAUUGAACUUUAAUUAUGCUUGUUAAAAGCCAGAAUAGUAACACUAUUUUUUCAAACCCUGCAUUUUCUGUACCUAAGAAGAAGCAACACUUAUUAAAACCACAUAGCACUAUCAACUUCUUAAAUAUGGCUAUUCUGUUUGGAUCCUUCAAUGCUUUGUUGUUGCUGAAGCUAGCAGAACUUUGCAUCCUCCUGAAGUAACUCACUGCAAGAAUGCACAGCUUACGGGCAACUCAUUUGUGUUUUACUAUUCAGUAAUACAUUAUCUUGAAGGAUUCAAUACAAAGAUGUAACCAACGUAUCUGUGAUGAAUGUCUUAUACUAUUUUCAGCAAUACAGUUCUGCCAACUAUUUUUUCAGUUGAAAUCCCCUUUUAUCUCUAUUACAUUGGGUAAAUGUUUAUAUUCCUGGCUGCUUCCAUGUUUGGAAAUUAGGUUAUGUUUCAAAUAGGAAUCUGAGCUCUCUUAUGAAAACACUAAACACAUUUGUGGGAAGAAAGUUUAUCCCUUAAAAUGCUAAGUAAAAGCAUUUCUUCUAAUCAUACACAGUGCAUAUAUAGCAGCAUAUGGGUGAGUGGAAAAUAGUCUAAGGAUCAGUUUUCUGAGGAUGAAGGCUGUGAUUAGGAAUUUGUUUAAUAUUCAUAAAGGGCUGUGCUUAAUGCUUGUUAAACUGCAAUUUUGGGACUAUUUGGAAGUGGACUCUUGUAAUAAUGAAUGUCGACAUCAAUAUCUUUACGUUAUAGACCUUUUUGAUGACCUUGCAUCAAAAUCAAAGAGUAAACUCAAUACAAAUUACAAUUAUGGAAUGAAACUUUUAACUGAAAAGUAUACCUAAAAUAAAUAUUUUAAAUUACCAAAAUCUA